AUGUCAGCAGCGGUUAGUUCGCCGCAAGGAGGAAAUUCUCAUCUCAACGACGACACGGCAGGGAUGGGUGGUGCUGGCCUGCAGACUGAGGCGCAUGCCACGCUAUCCCUGCUAAGCGAAAAGCUUCUGGCGAAGUUAAACGCAACACUACGCGAUUGCCGGGCGGAGCGGGACGAGUUGACGAGUAGUGUCGAGUCUCAACUGCGCGACAUGCGCACCGAGGCGAUGACGACGCGGGGUGAGCAACGACAGCUGCAACGUGAGAUGCGUGCCUUGCAGGAAAAGCUGCAGGGCGCUGUCAUUCAGCGCGCCUCCAUGAUGGCGGGGAGCGCGGAGAGACUCUCCGUGCAGGCACUGGCAAAUGCGGCGCGACAGUUAACUCGCGACAUGCGGCAGGGGCUGGGCGACGUUGAACUUUUAAAGGCUUCCGUCUUUCACAGCCGGCUCACGCGGGAGGAACUGCAGCAGGGAGAGGACGCGGAGGAUGAGGCGCUGGAGGUACGACUGCGGCAGGCCGAGAUGAUGAACGAUGAGUUGCGUUGUACGGCGUUAAAUCUUCGGGAGCAGAAUGCGCAACUUGCAACUGCUCUGCAGCACAGCGCGGAUAUUCUGCAGCAGUCGCAGCGGUGUGUGGCGCAGCAGCAGGUGCAUCUGCGGCAGAUAACAGACAAGUUCGAUCGGGUGCAGGCGGAACACGAUCGUGUUGUGGGCACAGUAGAGUCGCUUGUUCACUCCUUGGAGCAAUACAAGGCGAGCCGCGGUGAGACGCUGCGAAAGCUGGAGAAAACUCUCGUGGAAUGGGAGCAGCAGUUCCACCAACAACGAAAGCAACGACAUUGUUUUGGCACGGAGAUGACGAGCAGCGUCCGCAUCCGUGGCGGCAUGCCAUGGGAGCGUCACCACGACGGUUCUUUGAAGGACACGGCGACCCUGCGUCCUUUGCGGCAGCGUUUGGAGCAUUUCUACGGCAUUUACAACCCCGAAAAAAUUUCAUCAGUGAGCGCCAUUAUUGAGGAGUACAGGGGUGCUGAAGAAGAACUCAUGGCGUCGCUCGAGGUGCAUUAUGGUGCGUUUGGUUUUUUUUCACACAACUAA